CAGAUGUCACUUACAAUAAUCUGGACUAUUCACUCAAGCAGGACUGACGAUUGAAGUGACUUUAAUUGGAAAUACAUUUAUUUAUCAGUGCCGUUAACUAAAAAUACUAGUGUCUUGAAUAGUGGCAAAAUAAUCAGUGCACGGUAUAUGUAAACUAAGAAAUAAAUUAGUGCAUAUUUAAGAUACAUUUAAUGAAUCUGUCUCAACAAUAAUAGAGAGAAAAGUGAGAGGUUGGCUAAGUGGAGUGAUAGACGACAUGAGACGAAGUAGUCCAGUACAACAGUGGCUGGAUUCUCUACCUGCUGAUGCACAAGCAGAGCCAGAAACCUCAAGUGAUGAAGUAAAGCCAACAGAACCAAAGUCUGAUGACAGUAAAGCUGAGGAGUCAGUGACUGAAAACACAGUCAUAGAGCCCAACAAAGAUAAAACCCUGGCAGACGAAAGCUUAGAUGUUCCUAAUGUCAAAGAACCAUGGAAGAGAAAAUCACUUGACAGUGGAUUGCUAACCAGCACUCCACAAAAGACAAAUGUUAAAAGACUGCAAAGGGACCACUCUCUGCAGUCUGAAGUAUAUACUCCAAAGUUUAAGAACCCUUUGCUUAGAGAUCAUUCUCUCCAGUCAGACAAUAGUGGAUCAAGUGGCAGUUCAGUUUUGAAUGUGUUGGGAGCUCGAAAAGUUGAUGCAGAAUCUGUUUUGCUAGCAUUGGGCUUUGGACCAAGUGAAAAACAACAAAAAUUACAAAGAAUACCUGACAGGUUUUUAGCUCCAUCAAAAGUUAGUUUUUUUAUCUUUAAUCAAAGCAUGAAUGGAAACCGGUUAUGAAAAAGAAAAGAUCUAUAAACAGAGUCAGAAACAUUUUUUAAUUUUUGAAAAUGAUAAUAAGGAUACUUUCGAAAUUUGAAGUAAAAAGAUUUUACAUUACAACACUAGACUGACUAUUACAAUU